GGGAGCUUACGGGGCAUUCAGACAAGUAAAAUGGAUGCUGAUCGUGUUCUUGGUGCUGAUGUGUGUUGGCUUUCUGUUCCUGGUCCGGAUUGCAGUAGUCUUGGUCAUGAUGGUUAAAAGCAUCACUGAGGAACAGCUGCAUGCACUGUUGCCAUUGGAUAAGACUUCUAUGGAUUUCCGGUCAAUUAUGGAUGGAUUCCAGUCUUCGAUGGACUGCUGUGGUCUUUUCAACGGAUACGAGGACUGGAAUGAGAACGUGCCCGAAUCCUGCAACUGCCCUCCCCCAGAGGAGACAAUGACAGAUGUCUGUGUGGUUAUUCCAGGAAACUAUCUCGAGGCUUUCUUCUCCCAGCGUAUGGUGUACAGCCAGUCGUGUGGCCCUAUUCUCCUGACCCUCCUGAAGACAGCGUUUGAUGGUGUGAUGGGCGUCUUCUUUGGGCUGACCACUUUGACUGUUUUGGGCAUUGCGAUCUCCAGCUGUCUGAUUGCUCGGAUCAACAAGAACAGAAUUGCAGGAGUUGUGCUUGGACCUACCUUGGUCUUUAGCACCUCACCACCCAAGUACAACGAGCUGGUCAAUGAACCGUACCAUUAGUUCCUUCUUGCCCCUGGAGGUACAUGGUGGCACUUGCUGUAUCGCUUGAUUUGGGCAGUGAUCUUUUCUUGGCAGGAUCACUGUAAGUAAUUGAUUCAUUAGUCACUUAAUCUACAUCUUACGCCUCUUUGCACAAAGUUAACGGUAUCUAAGCACAAAUUCAAUAUUUCAAUCAAGAAAUUAUAACAUAAAUAGGUAGUUCAUGCUUAGCCAUCUCGCUUUGCUCACAUGUAUGAAUCAACAACUGAAUUAUGAAAAUUGAGGAAAGAAUGUUUUUAUGGUUUGUAUGUUUUCUCAUUUUUGGGGCUUGACUGCAUUUUGGCAGUAUAUUUUAUAUUUUUUCACUUUUGUUUGAAAAGACUGCAGAUUCCAAAAAAAGAGGGAAUGUGUAUUUUGUAUUUUUCUCAAAUAAAAUUACUGUAACAGA